AUGCCUCAGGAACAGUACGCACACAGGAGCGCCAUGCAGAGCUCGGAAGGCCCACAGGUAUACAAAGUGGGGAUUUACGGCUGGAGGAAGAGAUGCCUCUAUUUCUUUGUGCUACUCCUAAUGAUUUUAAUCCUGGUGAACCUUGCCAUGACCAUCUGGAUUCUCAAGGUUAUGAAUUUCACAAUUGAUGGAAUGGGGAACCUGAGAAUCACAGAGAAAGGUCUGAAGCUAGAAGGAGAUUCAGAAUUCUUGAAACCUCUCUACGCCAAAGAAAUCCGGGCCAGACCAGGCAAUCCAUUGUACUUCCAAUCUGCCAGAAAUGUUACAGUGAACAUUCUCAAUGAGAAGACUAAAGUCCUUACUCGUCUUGUAACAGGUCCCCAAGCAGUGGAAGCACACAGCCAAAAAUUCGAGGUGAAAUCCCUCUCUGGAAAAUUGCUGUUUUCUGCAGAUGACAACGAAGUGGUCGUGGGAGCAGAGAGACUGAGAGUUUUAGGAGCAGAAGGCACAGUGUUCCCUAAAUCUAUAGAAACUCCCAGUGUCAGGGCAGACCCCUUCAAGGAACUAAGACUCGAGUCACCCACACGCUCUUUGGUGAUGGAGGCUCCAAAGGGAAUCGAAAUUAACGCAGAGGCUGGCAACAUGGAAGCCACAUGCAGGACAGAGCUGAGGCUGGAAUCAAAAGAUGGAGAGAUUACGCUGAAUGCUGCAAAUAUCAGACUACCUAGAUUGCCUCUAGCAUCCCACUCCUCUACUGGAUCCAGGCAAAAAAUCUACGAGCUGUGUGUGUGUUCCAAUGGGAGGUUAUUCCUGUCUCAGGCAGGAGCUAGUUCCACCUGCCAAAUAAACACAAGCAUCUGUUCUUAA